AUGCCGGGGGGACGCCGCAGUGGUUUGGCGUGGCAGGCGCGGCACUUGCGGACUCUAAAGCUGGCGCGUUGCCACAAUUGUCGCCGGGGACGCCGCUGGACGCCGCGGUGGUUUGGCGUGGCAGGGGCGGCGCUAGGGGACUCUAUUGCACGUUGCCGCGAUUGUCGCUGGGUGGGCGCCGCGGUGGUUUGGCGUGGCAGGACGCUGGGGGACGGUGGUUUGGAGUGGUGCGCGCUUAAAAACUCUAUAACUAAUGCGUUGCUGCGAUUGUCGCUUGGUGGAUGCCGCGGUGGUUUGGCGUGGCAGGCGCGGCACUUGGGGACUCCCUUUUUUUUUGCUGGUGCGUUGCCGCGGUUGUCGCUGGGUGGACGCCGCGGUGGUUUGGCGUGGCAGGCGUGGCGCUUGGGGACUCUAAAGCUGACUGGCUGGUGCGUUGCUGCGAUUGUCGCUGGUGCGGUGGUUUGGCGUGGCAUGCAGGCGGCACUUGGGGACUCUAUGGCUGGCACUUGCCGCUGGGUCGCUGGGUGGACGCUGCGGUGGGGACUCUAUAGCUGGCGCGUUGCUGCGAUUGUAGCUGGCUGGACUCCGCGGUGGUUUGUUUGUCGUGGCAGGUGCGGCGCUUGCGGACUCUAUAGCUGCUGCGUUGCCGCGAUGAUCGCCGGGGAUGCUGCUGGAUGCCGCGGUGGUUUGGUGUGGCAGGUGUGGCACUUGGGGACUCUAAAGCUGGUGCCUUGCCGCGAUUGUCGCCGGGACGCCGCUGGACGCAGACUCGUUUCAGACUGGUUUCAAAGCGCGGCGCUUGGGGACUCUAUAGCUGGCGUGUUGCUGCGAUUGUCACCCGGGACGCUGGGCGACGCCGCGGCUGUCUCGCGUGGCAGGGGACGCCGCCGCGGUUUGGCGUGGCAG